GAAGACGCGAUGCUAAAAUACAUGUAAAGUUUAUAUUUUGAAGAAAAAAUAUUACUUAUAUUGAAAACUUCGGUGAAACUGCACAUACGUUGAAAAAGUUUCAAAUAAGUUGUGUUAUGGUACUUGGGAUAUAGUUAUUGUAAAGAUUUAUAAAAAAACAGCUAUGAAACUGCGCCAGCUAUUCAUGUUGAGUGUGUGCGUGGCACUGGCGCAAGCUGACGGGAUUGACGAAUAUGAUAUAGACCUCACCCCUACUUCUGAAAAAUGGUCUUGCCUGAGACUUGACGGACAAGAAGGCUUUUGCGUCCAUGAGAGCAAGUGUGCAGAAACAAUUGUGAUACCACCAGGAUUUUUGGAUGACUACAGCGAAAGCCAUUAUAACCCCUGCCCGGGCAGUGAUAUGUGUUGUCCCUUCCCAAAAAUGGCAACUACGGAGACAACCACAAACCUUAACCGACCUACUACAGGGAAGCAAUAACGAUAGGGGAAGUUAACCGGUAGGUAGUAUACCUCAUAAUACAGGUUGAAUUCUAACCAUUCUUAUAUUAUAACAAUAAACAUUUCUUUCAUUUGUA